GCCAGGGCUGGAAGGAGCUAAGACAGCCCCUAAAGACAGAAGAGGACAUGAGAGGCCACCGAAGGAAAGGGGACAACGACCCCAGCCCUGAAGAAGAUGAGCAGGGCCCCCGAAGAAGAAGGGGAGAUGAUGCCAGCCCCUGAAGAAAAGAAGACAGUUCCAGCCUUCGAAUCAAGAGGAACAGAAGCAUCCAGCAGCUGCCCUCCGAGGAGGGAAGAGAAGGACUGGGUCACGGACUGGGCCUCGGGCCUGUCUCUGACAUUGCCUGAAAGGAGCAUCAAAGGCCCUGGGCCUGGUGCCUCAAAAAGCUGUUUGUUGUUGGUACCUGGGUCUGAUGCUUUCUUGAAGUGGCUUGAAGUAUGCGAGAUUUCUGCUUCUUCAACCAUGAUUCACAGAUUUCUUCUGUUAACAGCCUUGGCCUUAUGUGAUGCGUUCAACCUGGACGCUGAGAAUGCAGUGGUCUUCCAAGAGCCAGCCCGGGGCUUCGGGCAGAGCGUGGUCCAGUUUGACGGAUCCCGGGUGGUGGUCGGAGCCCCCCAGGAGAUAGCGGCUCCCAACCAAACAGGCGCCCUGUACGAGUGUGACUACAGCACGGGCGCCUGCAAGCCCGUCCGCCUGCGGGUCCCCCCCGAGGCUGUGAACAUGUCCCUGGGCCUGUCCCUGGCGGCUGCCACCACACCGCCUCGCUUGCUGGCCUGUGGCCCCACCGUGCACCAAAUUUGCAAGGAGAACACCUACAUGAAUGGCUUCUGCUUCCUGUUUGGAUCCAACCUAAUGCAGGACCCCAAGAGGUUCCCUCAGACCCUCAGAGGGUGCCCUCGGCAGGACAUCGACAUCGCCUUCUUGGUCGACGGCUCUGGGAGCAUCGUACCCCCAGACUUUCAGCGGAUGAAGGAGUUUGUCUCAACAGUGAUGGGUCAAUUCCAAAACACCAAAACCUUGUUCUCUUUGAUGCAGUACUCUGAAGACUUCCAGACUCACUUCACCUUCAAAGAGUUCCGCAAUAGCCUGGACCCCGUAUCCCUGGUGAGGCCAAUAAAACAGCUGCUUGGAAGGACACACACGGCCACGGGCAUCCGCAAAGUGGUGAGAGAACUGUUUCACAGCAGCAGCGGGGCUCGGGAGAAUGCCUUUAAGAUCCUGGUUGUCAUCACAGAUGGAGAAAAGUUUGGUGAUCCCUUGAAUUAUGAGGACGUCAUUCCUGAGGCGAAUGACAACAACAUUAUCCGCUACGUCAUUGGGGUGGGGUCUGCCUUUAACAGUGCCGAGUCCCGCAAAGAGCUUAAUAUCAUUGCAAGCAAGCCGGCUCGAGAUCACGUAUUCCGGGUGAAUAACUUUGGAGCUCUGAAGACCAUUCAGGACCAACUUCAAGAAAAGAUCUUUGCCAUUGAGGGUACUCAGACAGGAAGUUCUAGCUCCUUUGAGAAUGAGAUGUCUCAGGAAGGCUUCAGCGCAGCCAUCACCCCUAGUGGUCCCUUGCUUGGUGCUGUGGGGAGCUUUGACUGGUCUGGUGGAGCCUUUCUGCAUACAUCAAAUGCUGCAGCCACCUUUAUCAACACAACCAGGGUAGACUCAGACAUGAAUGAUGCUUACUUGGGUUAUGCUGUUGAAGUCAUCUUGCAGAACCAGGUGCACAGCCUGGUUUUGGGGGCGCCUCGCUAUCAGCACAUUGGUCUGGUGGUGAUGUUCAAAGAGAAUGCACGUGUCUGGGAGACCAAAACUUCUAUCCAGGGAAGCCAGAUCGGCUCCUACUUCGGGGCCUCCCUGUGCUCUGUGGACAUGGACAGAGAUGGAAGCACAGACCUGGUCCUCAUCGGAGCCCCACAUUAUUAUGAGCAGACCCGGGGAGGCCAGGUGUCUGUGUGCCCCUUGCCACAGGGGAGGGCCAAGUGGAAGUGUGUGGCUGUCCUCCGUGGGGAGCAGGGCCACCCCUGGGCGCGCUUUGGGGCAGCCAUGACGGUGCUGGGGGAUGUGAAUGGGGACAAGCUGACGGAUGUGGCCAUUGGGGCCCCAGGAGAGCAGGAGAACCGGGGAGCUGUCUACCUGUUUCAUGGAACCUCAAAACAGGGCAUCAGCGCCUCCCACAGCCAGCGGAUUGAAGGCUCCCAGCUCUCCCCCAGGCUCCAGUACUUUGGACAGUCGCUGAGCGGGGGCCGGGAUCUCACAAUGGAUGGGCUGGUGGACCUGGCUGUGGGGGCCCAGGGGCAAGUGCUGCUGCUCAGGUCCCAGCCAGUGCUAAGAAUGGAAGCAGGCAUGGAGUUCACACCCCGGGAAAUGGCAAGGAAUAUAUUUGAGUGUCGUGAUGAGGCUGUGAGAAACCAGAUUGCUGGGGAGGUCAGAGUCUGCUUCCGUGUCCGUAAGAGCACGGUGGACCGGCUCCGAGAAGGAGAGAUCCAGAGUGACGUCACCUAUGACUUGGCUCUGGACCCCGGUCGCCCCCACCCCAGGGCCAUCUUCGAAGAGACCAAGAGCAGCUUACGCAGAAAAAUGCAGACCCUGGGACUGAGUCAGCAGUGCGAGACCCUGAAGCUGCUGCUGCCGGAAUGUGUGGAAGACUCAGUGACCCCCAUUGUCCUGCGCCUCAACUUUUCCCUGGAGGGGAAGCCAUCAUCUUCUUUUGGGAACCUCCGGCCGGUGCUGGAUGUGGGCGCUGAGAGAUACUUCACAGCCUCGUUCCCCUUUGAGAAGAAUUGUGGCAAUGAUAGCAUCUGCCAGGACGACCUCAGUGUGACCUUGAGUCUCCUGAACCUGGACACCGUGGUGGUAGGGGGUCCCCGGGACCUCAGCGUGACUGUCACUGUCAGAAACCAGGGCGAGGACUCCUACAUGACACAAGUCACCUUCUUCUUCCCUCCUGGCUUGUCCUACCGGAGGGUGUCACUGGCCCAGAACCCACGCUCAAAGCGGCCCUGGCGCCUGACCUGUGAGUCUGGUGGCUCCAGUGGAGACCCCAAGGUCCUGAAGAGCAGCAGCUGCCACGUGAACCACCCCAUCUUCCCAGACAACUCGGAGGCCGUCUUUAAUAUCACGUUUGAUGUGAAUCCUGAUGCAGCCCUUGGAAAAAGGCUUCUCCUCAAGGCCAACGUCACCAGUGAGAACAACAUGCCCAGGACCAGCAAAACCGAGUUCCAGCUGGAGCUGCCUGUGAAAUACACCGUCUACAUGGUGGUUGCCAGCUAUGAUGCCUCCACCAAAUAUCUCAACUUCACUGCCUCAGAGAAGACCAGCCGGGUGGUUCAGCAUCAGUAUCAGUUCCGCAACCUGGGGCAGAGGAGCCUCCCCAUCACCGUGGUCUUCUGGGUCCCUAUCAAGCUGAACCAGGUGGCCGUGUGGAACGACCCCCAGGUCAUCUCCGAGUACAUCUCCAGUAAGUGCAGCAAGGAGCAGGUGGUUCCUCCUCGCUCUGACUUCCUGGAGCAGCUUAAGAAGGCCCCAAUGCUGAACUGCUCCGUCGCCAUCUGCCUGAAAAUCCAGUGUAAGAUCCCAUCCUUCGGUGUCCAGGAGGACUUCACCGUCACCCUCAAGGGCAACCUCUCCUUUGAUUGGUAUAUCCAGACUCCACAUAACCACCUUCAGCUCGUCAGCACUGUGGAGAUCUUGUUUGACAGGUCCUCAUUUGCCCUGCCUCUAGGACAGGAGAACUUUGUGAGGGCCCAGACAGAGACCAAGGUGGAGCCAUUUGAAGUACACCGACCUGUCCCCCUUAUCGCGGGCAGCUCAGUGGGGGGGCUGUUGCUCCUGGCCCUCAUCACCGCUGUACUGUACAAGGUCGGCUUCUUCAAAAGGCAGUACAAGGACAAGAUGAGUGAAGCCACAGCUGAAGCUGCCCCGUCCCAGUAACGCUCCCCUCCUGCCCCACAGGAUUGUCUGGCCCAGCACUGGGCUCCCGGGCUGCUGGACAGAUGCGUCCUGUAGGCGACUGGGGCAGCGGCGUCCGUGCAGGAAAGACCUGCUUGGGUCUCCAUCCGGGCGUGUGUGCGUGCCGGCGUGCGCAUGAAUGUGUGUGAGUUGUGUGUGUGGCUCAGAUGUCUCGGGCACGGGGAAAGUGCGUUCAACCUCUCAGGCAGAGGGGGGUGGCUUGGGCCUCCCUUGGGGGGAUGAAGGUGCGGUUGGCCUUCCUCUGGACAUAGGUGAUGGCAGCUCUUGUAGGUGGACAUACAGGGAAAUGCAGCAGAGCCUCUCCCUGCUGAAGGACGUGCGGCUCGCAUUGUGGACAAGCACGCUGAGUGGCAGCAACCCCCGCAGCGGGACUGAGCCUGCCCGAGAAGCCCGUGGAACCAGCAUCUGGUCGGCUGGCAGGAUCCUGCCGAGGCCAUUCCACUAGAGCCAGGCUGUCCACUGAGCAAGGAUGCACCUCCCUAUGUCUAGCCAUUUAUUUAUUAUUUUAACGUUACUUUUCGCUAUUUGAAUGGAUAAACCUGUCCGUAGAGAAACCAAAAGACUCAGGAAAGUGUGUGGUGAAGUCUCCAGCCUGUUGCCCCAGCUGUUCAGUUCUCUCCUAAAGGGCAGUCAAGAUUGUGUAUUUUGGGGUCUCCUUCACGAAGAUUCCAGGCGUAUGCAAACACGUGCGUGUGUGCACGCGUAAGCACAUGCCCCCACACACAGCUUUUUUACACAGAAGUUACCAUAUGUCAUUUACACUGUUCUGCACAUAGCUUUUAAAAUUUAUAUAGCUCCGACGUGGUUUCAUAUCAACACAUUAAGUACUUUUGCAUUCUUUGCUAGAGCUGCAUAAUAUUCCAUUGUGUGGGUGAAUCAUGCUGUAUUUCACCAGGCUCCUUUUCAUAUGUUAUUUUCAACCUCUUACAAUUGCAAACAAUGGUGACUUAAUCAAUUGAAUUUGUGCCUUUUUGGAAUAUGUGUAAAGAUAAAUUAUAAUUUUAUAAAUUAUAAAUUUAAAAGAUAAAUUUAAAAUAUAUAUAAA